CCGCGCAACCGAACCCGGAAGUAGUGUUUGCCUCCUCGGUACAGGUGCGUCCGUGCCGGGUGGUGGUAGCCGCGCCGGUGGGCGCAGCCCGCGGGCAGGUGCUGGUCGGGCUGCCGCCAUGGCCGAGGGUCAGGACCUGUUCGACGCCAUCGUGAUGGCGGAUGACAGGUUCCGCGGGGAGGGGUAUCAGGAAGGCUACGAAGAAGGCAGCGGCUUGGGCAUAAUUGAAGGAAGACAGCACGGCACAGUAUAUGGAGCAAAGAUCGGGUCUGAGAUCGGAUGCUACCAAGGUUUUGCGUUUGCUUGGAGAUAUCUCCUGCACAGCUGUGCAACUGAGAAAGACAGCAAGAAGAUGAAGGUCUUAGAAUCCUUGAUCGGCAUGAUUCAGAAGUUCCCUUACGGUGACCCUACUUACGCCAACCUUCACGAAGACUUAGACAGAAUUAGAGGGAAGUUUAAACAGCUUUGUUCAUUACUAAAUGUUCAGCCGGACUUUAAAAUCAGUGCGGAAGGUUCUGGACUUUCAUUUUGAGGAUGACAGAUGAACAAAGAUGAAACACGAAGGAACAGAUGUCCGUAUGCUAAGUGUUCCAAACCGCAAUGAAAGGAAGACAAUGAUGGGGCGUUCCUUGUUCCGGGGGGAGGGCUCCUUCCCCGAGCGGGCCUGCCCGCGUCGCCUCGGUGCCCCCCGCCGGCCCGAGCCCGUCUGCCCUGCAGCCUGAGCGAGGCCCUGGCGGAGCCUCCUGCCUGCGCGGAGCGGCUGGCCUCACCGGUCCUGCCGGCGGGUCCCCCAGCCCGGCCUCGGCGAGCAGGAACCCUUUUACCGGCACGAGCGCCUCGGUUGCCAUGUAGUGAGUGCACGGGGAGCGGUGACGUGUGCGGUGACAUGGACUGAACCCUGGGACGGACCAGCACCUGCCCCCUCCCUGUUGUAUGCGGUCCCUUCCGUGGCCCGCCAGGCGGGCCGUGCCCGUCCUCCAGGGGCGGGAGCGGAGGCCCGUGGCCCGGCUGAGAGGAGAGGCCAGCGGGACUUCGGAGCCGGUCGUGCUAGGUGUUCCGGGCGGGGCGGGCUUGGCGGCGUUCAGAGUGGUCCAGGGGGAGCGUGUUAAACUGGAGACAAAGCGAUGGGCUCUGCUGGGCGCACCCUCCGGUGCAGGACCCUGCGGUCCUGGGGGUAGGAGUCCUCAUGUCUGCUUCACGUGGAGGUAUGCGCAGGGAGAGACCCGGCCAGUCCUCCCUGAGCUGAGCGUUUCCCCUCCCCGCCACGUGCCCAGGGGGAUGGCAUGCUGGCUCCCAUCUGCCCGGCUGGAGGGAGUGUCUCUGAAAGCAGGGAGUCCCGCGAAUAAAAAGGUGACCCAGUCUUAGACCUUCCGCAGUCUUGUGAACCCUCCUGCCGGGCGUGGGGACCGGGCUGGGGGUCCCUGCGGGGCUGAAGGCAUCUUCUUCCCUCACUUGGUGCCCUUGCCGAGUGCUGAGAGGGGGAGGCAGACCUGAGUGCUGCCUGGCACUGCCUUCUGCUGGUCCUUGGGGCGCACACCCCACCAGGCUCUCCAGGUGGUGGGAGUCAGUUUCUGCUGCUUUCCUUGGUGGAUUUUGUAUCUUCUGUUACCUGCUUUUAUAAUGUAUUAUUUUUACAAUUGGAGG